AUGUUCGGCUCGCUGUCCAAAUCAGCGACGCUGCUGCUCGCUGCUGCCGCCAUCCCCUUCUCCUCCGCCGAACGCAUCAUCACAUCCUCCUCGCUCAAUCCAUGCCAGUCCAACUCCAGCUUUACCGCCACUCUUUUCAAAGUCGCCUUCACUCCCAACAAUCGCAGUCUCGGAUAUGACAUCGAGGGAAUGUCCACCAUCUCCGGAAGGGUCAUGGCCGAGCUGGAGUUGCUCGUCUACGGUUACUCCGCCCUCAAGCAGACCAUCAACCCCUGCGAUAAGUCGUUGGACGUCGAAGGGUUGUGCCCCAUGAACGCCGGAAAGAUCGAGAUCAACUCCAACUUCCCCAUCAGUGCCGAUGUUAUGAGCAAGAUUCCAGGUGUCGCCUAUACCAUUCCCGACCUUGACGCAAAGGUUCGCAUCCGUAUCAAUGACGCUACUACCAAACAACCUAUUGCUUGUGUCGAGGCUCUCCUUUCCAAUGGCCACUCCGUCGACCAAAAAGCUGUGGCCUGGGUCACCGCCAUCAUUGGUGGUUUGGGCCUGGUAGCAUCGGCAGUCGCGUCUGGAUUAGGGCACACAAACACCGCAGCUCACGUCGCAUCCAACGCCAUGUCUCUCUUCGGUUAUUUCCAAUCCCAAGCUCUCCUCGGAAUGAUGGCCGUUCCUCUACCUCCUGUCGUCGCUUCCUGGACUCAGAACUUCCAAUGGAGCAUGGGCAUCAUUCGUGUUGGGUUCCUGCAGAGACUGGCCACUUGGUACCAACGUGCGACGGGCGGAACCCCUACCACCUACCUAUCCCAGCUGUCUGCUAUCUCCGUCGAGGUUCAGAAGCGUUCGCUCGAUAUCGCUCCCCGCGCCUUGGGCCGCCUGUUGAGCCGCAGCAACGCUGGAGCUCUCGAUGUCGCAAAUCAGAACCGAGUCGUCCUUCGUGGUAUUGAGCGUGUAGGUUUCCGAGCCCACAUCGAGGAGUCCAACAUCUUCUUCACCGGAUACGCCUUCUUCAUCUUUUUCGUCAUCUUCGUCACCCUCGGCGUCAUCGCAUUCAAGUUCCUCUGCGAGGGACUUGUGAAGGCUGGCAAGAUGAAGAGUGACCAGUUCGUCGACUUCCGCAACGGCUGGCAGACCGUCCUCAAGGGAAUCAUGUUCCGUGUCAUCCUCAUCGGUUUCCCUCAGAUGAUGGUCCUUUCCUUCUGGGAGCUCACCCAGCGUGAUUCGGCUGGUGAAGUUGUCUUGGCUAUCUUCACACUCGUCACCAUGAUCUGCAUUCUCGGCUGGGCUUCAUCCAAGGUCAUCCGCAUUGCACAGAGGUCCAUCGCCAUGCACAAGAAUCCCGCUUACAUCCUCUACUCUGACCCCGUGUCUCUCAACAAGUGGGGUUUCCUCUACGUCCAGUUCAAGGCCGCAGCUUACUACUUCAUCGUCCCAUUACUGUUCUAUACCCUUAUCAAGGCCAUGUUCAUCGGCUUGUCGCAGAAGCACGGCGUCGUUCAGGCCAUUGCUCUCGUCCUCAUCGAAGCCGCUCUCCUGAUCGGAGUUGCCGUCAUGCGACCCUACAUGGACAAGAGGACGAACGGAUUUAACAUUGCUAUCGCUGCCAUCAACUUUGUCGGUGCCAUCUUCUUCCUCGUAUUCUCGAACGUCUUCAACGCACCCGGAAUGGUGACUGGAGUCAUGGGUGUGAUUUUCUUCAUCUACAACGCCGUCUUUGCUCUUGUGUUGCUACUCAUGGUCCUCGUCUCCUCCGGUUUCGCGCUGUUCACCAAGAAUCCCGACACUCGCUACCAGCCCAUGCGUGACGACCGUGGCUCGUUUAUCAAGUCACAGACCCAGCUUACCACCGAGCUUGAUGCCCUAGGUGCAACGGCCCGCGGUGAGGGCAAGGGAACCCACCCUCAGUCCAGGAUCGACGACGAUGACGACUCGUUCACCUCAUCAGAGCAACAACGCCAGAUGGCCGCGAAGGAGGGCGGUUUCACCGAGCAUUAUCAACCUGCGCCCCCACGAAGCCCAGUAGAGCCUGGCAUGACACCUUACGGAGCGCCUCCGCGAAGCCCCGGCGCUGCACCACCUUCGUACUACGGACGGCAGAGCCCCGCCCCAUCACAGGGCGGAUAUGGACGAGCAGGAAGCCUGAGGAACGAGGGACAGUACCGGUCGGCGAACAACUCGAGCCCGUGGCAGCGAGGCGCUGGGUACGACCAUUGA